AUGGGGUGCAUCACCCCCCUGCCUUGUGUUUGACAUAUCUGAGCUAGGGGACCAGCAACCAAAAUCCACCACAGAGCCUAGCCCAGAACCCACAGCUAAAUCCGAAGAAGACCCACGUGCGAGUCAGGCCAGCCCCUUCGGAGGGCAUCUCGUGGAGGGGGGGGGGAAUCUUCCCUCAGCCAGUCCCGAAGGCUCUUUCCAAUUUCUCUUCCCGGAGCUGCGCUCAAGGCCAGAUCGCGAAAGACAAGCGCCGUUCAAGCAAGCGACGGGGAGGCAGCCUCAACCGCUGGGCAAAAACUCCCGAGGAUCCAGCCGAGGGGGGACUUCUCGACUCUCCGCCGUUAACCUCCCCACCCCUCCGGGGCUCCGCUUCCCACCCGAGCCCGCACGCCCUCCGCGGCUCCAGGGCCGAGAGCCAGCGCCGAAGCGGGAGGCGCUAGGGCCCGGCCGUGGCCGAGCCCCGGGCCGGCCAGGCGGGCGAUCGAGGGGAGGGACCCGUCUGACGGCAGCCCCAGCCGCCAGAUCCAACCCUCGCCGAGCAGCUCCGGCUGCCGGACAUCCUCGUCCCGCGCGCGCGCGACGCUCCCGCCCGGCCAUGCAAGGCGCAGCCCCGGCGGGCACAGCCCAGCUCCGGGCAGGCGAAGCGGCUCGGCCGGGGCUGCCUUCGGGGCCAGCCUGAGGGGCCCCUGGGAGCCGCCUCCGCCCGACCUGCCCGGGUCCCCGGGGCGCUGCGGACGGCGAAGGCUGCGCGGCCAGCGGGCGAGGAUGGGCUGAGGAUGGGCCGGCAGCCUGCGCCGUCGAGGAUGCUCUGGACCGGCGCCCUGCUCCUGCUGGCCGCGCUGGGGGGCGCGGGCGGGGCGCGCAGUUGCCCCCUCCAGCUGCGCGGCUGCAAGUGCGUGGGCGAGAGGCCGAAGGGGCUGGCCCCGGCCAGGAAGCGGGUCAGCUGCAGCGGCGAGGAGCUGAGGGAGCCGCCGGCGCCGCGUUUGCUGCCCAACGACACCGUCACUCUGAUUUUGAGCAAUAACAAAAUAACAACCCUGAAGAACAGCACUUUUUGGGGACUCCGUGUUCUUGAAAAGCUGGACCUAAAGAACAAUUUGAUUAGCACCAUUCAGCCUGGAGCUUUUCUGGGUCUUCAUGGCCUGAAACGCUUGGAUCUCUCCAACAACCGUAUUGGCUGCCUCAACUUUGGCCUCUUCCGGGGACUGCCCAGCCUUAUCCGUCUGAACAUAUCAGGAAAUAUCUUUGCCACCCUCCAUAGUGGAGUCUUUGAUGAGUUGCUGUCUCUGAAAGUUCUUGACUUUGCCAAUGAAUAUCUGACCUGUGAUUGCCAUUUGCGCUGGGUCCUAGCCUGGUCCAAAAGCCAUUUUGUCCAGGUAUCUGAUAAGACGGUGUGUGUCUACCCCAGCCACUUGCACGGGAAGCUACUACGAAACAUCAGAGAGAGUCAACUGCGCUGUGAAGGAUCCCCAGAGCUGCACACUCAUCAGCUAAUCCCCUCCCUGAGGCAAGUUGUCUUCCAAGGAGACCGACUCCCUUUCCAGUGUUCAGCCACCUAUCUGGACAACAGCACACACAUCCUCUGGUAUCACAACCAUGCACUGGUACAAGAAGAUGAACCUAGCGGCAUCAUCUUAGAGGACAGCCUCGUUCACGAUUGCACUUUAAUCACAAGUGAGCUCAUCCUGUCCAACAUCCAUGUCUCGGCUAGUGGUGAAUGGGAAUGCACCAUCUCCACUGCCCAGGGCAACGUUAGCAAGAAGGUGGAGAUCGUUGUGCUGGAGACCUCAGCCUCGUACUGCCCACCGGAGCGGGUUACCAAUAACCGUGGAGACUUCAGGUGGCCCCGGACCUUGGCUGGCAUCACUGCUUAUCAAUCCUGCCUCCAGUAUCCCUUCACUUCUGGGAAUGCAGUCUCUGGCCAUGAAAAGCAGGCAUGGAGGCACUGUGACCGCACAGGCCGCUGGGAGGAAGGGGACUAUUCACACUGCUUGUAUACCAAUGAUAUCACCCGUGUGCUCUACACCUUUGUGCUGAUGCCCAUCAAUGCCUCAAAUGCACUAACCUUAGCCCACCAGUUGCGGGUCUACACAGCUGAAGCUGCAAACUUCUCAGAUAUGAUGGAUGUCAUCUAUGUGUCUCAGAUGAUUGAAAAGUUCACUGGUUACGUAGACCAGAUCAAACAGCUGACCGACGUCAUUGUGGAGAUGGCAAGUAACAUGAUGCUGGUGGAUGACCAUGUUCUGUGGAUGGCCCAGAUUGAAGAAAAAGCUUGUACCAGCAUAGUGCACUCCUUGGAGAAGAUUGCGACUUAUGCUAUCAGCACCAACUCUCAGCAUAUGGCUGUGAACUCCAGGAACAUCGCCUUUGAAGCCUACCUUAUCAUGCCAGAAAGUUACCUGGGCAUGAGCUGCAUGGCUUUUCAGAAGCGCGAGAAUCUCGGUAGCCGUUCUCUGCGACAGGAGCAGUUUUCUGAAUCCUUGUCAGACCAGCAGCUGAAGUUCCGUUGUGCUACAGGCCGACCAAACAUCUCCUUGGCCAGUUUCCACAUCAAGAACAGCAUUGCUCUGGCCUCCAUUCAGCUGCCUCUGGGCCUCUUCUCCCCACCAGCUCCCCACCAGCCUGUGCCCAUCAGGUGUAAGCUUCAGUUCCUGGUGUUCCGCAAUGGGAAACUUUUCUGCAGCACUGGAAAUUCUUCACACCUCGCCGAUGAUGGCAAGCGACGCAGCGUGGCCACCCCAGUGAUCUAUGCAAGCACAGAUGGCUGUGGCGUAAGCAAUCUCACCGAGCCAGUCAUCAUAUCGUUGCGGCAUUUGGACAAGGGCACAGAUCGCACAGCCGCUUUCUGGGACUUUGACAUUCUGGGUGGUUAUGGUGGCUGGAGAGCAGAAGGUUGCCAGCUGAUCCUUCAGGAAACCAACUUCACGACUGUGAGCUGCCGACAUCUCAGCAACACUGCUGUGCUGAUGGAACUGAGCAACUUCCCGCAUGACUCACCGAGUCCCACUGAGGUGCUACAUCCUGUAAUUUACAGUUGCACAGCUCUCCUGCUCCUGUGCCUGUUUACCACCAUCAUCAUCUACAUCAUCAACCACAGCACCAUUCAUAUUGCACAGAAGUGCUGGCAUAUGCUGCUCAAUCUCUGCUUUCACAUCGCCAUGACGUCAGCUGUGUUUGCAGGUGGCAUCACUCUCACCAACUACGUAGCCGUCUGCCAAGCUGUUGGCAUCAUUCUCCAUUAUUCUUCCUUGUCUACUCUUCUGUGGAUGGCAGUGAUGGCACGCGUGAUCUACAAGGCAUCCAUCUGGAAGGCACCCCAACAGCAGGAAGGGGAACCAACUCAGCCUGCCCCUCGCCCAAUGCUACGGUUCUACCUGAUUGCUGGGGGGAUCCCCUUGAUCAUCUGUGGGAUUACAGCGGCAGUUCGUAUUGACAAUUAUGGAGAUCAGGACUCAUACUGCUGGCUGGCUUGCCGACCAAGCAUUGGAGCAUUCUAUGUGCCUGCAGCUUUCAUUCUGCUCAUCACCUGGAUUUACUUCCUAUGUGCCGGAGUCAGUCUGCAAUGCGGAGCGCAGGAUCCCAAAGAAAUACCCAAGCCCUUGGAAACAAGGCAACGCUUCGGAGGCAGUAGCAACCUGUUGACCGAUUCAGGGUCGCUUUCAGUCACCCUGAAUUCCAGCCCCCACACUGCUGAUAUUGAUGGUGUGUAUUCCCUGGGGAUGCAACUCUGGGCCCUUAUCAUCACCCAUUUCCUAUACCUCACUCUAUGGACCUUUGGAGCAAUGGCAGUAUCUCAGCACUGGUUCCUCCUGAAGGUUGUCUUCAGUUGCCUCUACGGAGUCACUGCUGGAGCCUUAGGAUUUUUCAUCUUUAUCUACCACUGUGCCCGGCGCAAAGACGUACAGAAUUCAUGGUUUACUUGUUGCCCAUCUUACAGGAAUGCUUUACCUAUGCAGGCUUAUGGGCACACUGGAGCGGGGGUUGAGGGUGGCUCACAGGUCUUCAUUGGCUGCAAUCCAGAAGUAGCUCAGUCCAUUAAGUCUUCAUCCUCCCCAACCAGCACAAUUUCAGCCCCAGGGCCCUGCAAGCUCAACAAUUUGCAAGUGGCCCUUGCCCAGCCAGACAGUAACCCAGUAACAACUGCCUGCUUUGAGGAGGCAGAGCCUUCCAACAGUAAGAGCACCCCUUCAACCAGGUAUACGAACAAUCUCCAUGGGCGCACCAGGUACCAUAAAAGCAGAACUAAACUCUAUCGAGAAGGGAAGCAUCAGCGCCUGAAGGCAAUGCGGGGACCUUCCUCAGAGCAUCCUACUAGCGAGAGUGGGAGCCUUCAGAACAGUCAUUCAGAGAGUUACCAAAGCAGCCGGAAUAGCCCUUUGAACAAUCAGAACCAAGGGAAAGUUGUGACUCUGGAAUCCACCCUGACGCAGUCGGACUUGAGUGAUGGCAGCGGUGGUGGCCCCCAGCCUGCAGAUUUUGGGAGAGGCCAGAGGAGAAGCGCCAGCAGAGACAACCUUAAGCAUCAGGCCAACCCCUCCGUAGAAAGAGAGACUAAGAGGCGCUCCUUCCCGCUCAAUGCAGCCAAUCAGAAUGGGGUCCUGAAGGGCAGCAAGUAUGACAUCAACCUCAGUGGCGCGGACAAUGCAAGCGGUAUGAAAACAGGUCUCUGGAAGAGUGAGACAGCAGUGUAGGAAAGGGUCCAAGAACCUCUGCAGCUGGGAUCUUAGAGCAAUACCAACUCAGGUAGGAAGCUGCAGGCUACCCUUGUGGCCACAGCCCACCAGACUCAAGCGAAGAUAAUAUUUUUACGUACUACAAAGGCUUAGAUAAUAUGAGACGGGGAGGCAAGAACCAUGCUCUCUGCUGGUCUUCCUGAGCAGAUGGAAUAGGGAGACUGUUCUGACCUCCCGUGGGAAUCACAGCACAUUUCACUAUAUAUCAGGUGAAGUUGCUGUUCUUUGUGCCAGGGAACAUCUUCCUCCAGAGAAUGGGCAGAAAGCCACAAUCACCCAAGGUGCCAAAGUUGCAAAGCGCGAGACAAUCAUCUGUUCUUGUGAUUGUGUGGUCUCCCUCUUUCGUGUCCCUUUAGAUCCUUGAUAUUUUUGUAUAACGUACAAAAAAAAAAGGAAGACAGUGAUCUAUAAGCUAAACUUCUAAUACGCUGUGUACAUAUGUAUAGGCAAAUUUGCUAUCCAAUGGAAAGUCUCUACAUGCUUUAUGCAAAAUAACUCAUGUUGUGUGAGACGAGGGAAGCUCUUCCCAGUCAUUCAAAGCUAUACACAUAUCUAGUUUUGUUUUGGAUAAAUCUAAUGAAUGAUUGUAGAGUUGUCAAGGAAAAAGCCACACGGUAGAAAGAAGUGCACUAUUAAUUGUCCAAAGGUGCAUGCUUAGGUGACAAUCCUUGGUCUUCUUUAGUCUUUCUUAAGAAAGAGACUUGGGGAGAAUAUGAUUUGCUGGGCAUCAUUGCCCAAAGAUACUUAACAGUAGAGAUGUGCAAAAUAUCUAGAGCUCAGAACAGUUGGAGUGGCUUGUUCAGAUUUUACCAGAAUGCUGCUCUACAAGAGUUUUUCCAUUCAAAAGAGAAGUUUCAGAGUUGAAACACUUCUGGAGCAAAUUAUUUCAGGUAAGGUCAGAACAGCUAUUCUGAGCUUGACAUAUUUUGUAUAAAAUCUUUUUAAUAGCACUUUCAAGCAGAAGGUAUCAACAAGGCCACCUUUCAAGUUACCAGCUGUGGAACUGAAUUGGAAUAGAUUACUAGUUUGGCUUCUCAUCGCCAAGGGCAGGGGUCUUCAAACUCGGCCCUUUUAUGACUUGUGGACGUCAACUCCCAGGCACGCUGGCUGAGGAAUUCUGAGAGUUGAAAUCCACAAGUCAUAAAAGGUCUGAGUUUGAAGACCCCUGGCCAAGGUUCUUGGUACACAUUUGCCAUACAGCUGCUAAACAGGCCUGAAGGCUUACUUCCAGCUUUGAAUGUUAGGCGGGGAACUGACUGAACAAAUGCUCAGAUAAUUCUAUCCUUUUCUGUGAUUGGGAGUUGAGUCACUCCUCAAGUUCAAAGUUGGAAGCCCUCAGGCCUGUUUGACAGCUGUGUGGAAAAUGGUGUCCCAUGAAGCCUCACUACAGGCACGAUGCAGCUAACAUGCCACAUAGAGAAGCCUCUGAAAUACACGAGGCUGCUGCACUGUUUAACUAGUAAGAUGGAGCCAUUGAAAAAAAGUCAAACACAUUUUUAUUAUUCUUGCCUAGGAUUAAGCAAAGCCCAGCGCUUAUAAAAGUGUGGGGUGUAUUAAUAGAUUAGAAAUGGCAACCGAUUUAUUAUGGGCAGUUAUAAAAACUGCAAAGGAGAGCCCGCAUCUUAACAUAUGGAUUCUCUUUCUUGUAAGAGAGAUUUUCCUCUGCCUUAAAAGUAAAGCAGUGUGCUUCUUGCUUCAGAAAUAAGAGGGGUUUUUUUGCCCAUCAAUCUUUUUAUUAAAACUGAUUACGUUUACUUAAUCAUAUUUUUUACAGAAAGCCCAUAACCCCACAUUAUACGAAGGAAAGCAUAUGCAUGCAGCCAACAGAAAUAAUAAUAAUAAUAAAGUAACUCAUUAUGAAACUUUAGAAUAGAGUGAAAAUUGCCAAGAAAAAAGCCUCAGAGGCUUGAAUGACAUUAAUCCUUUAAGGAUUUGGGAAGCUACAAAAUAUUGUUUUUAAGCACCUUGGGGACAUUCCCUUAAUCUAUAUGUAUAUGUGACAAACGUUAAAAAAAAAGUCCUCUUUGUAAUACAGUAACCGUUUCACAGAAUUGUGCAGCAAUCCUCAGAUUGAAGGAUGAUUGAAUCUGUUGUGUCGAAAAUGAGCUGAAUGAAGGCAUUGUGAUUCUUUCUCGAAGGCAGUUUCCAGAAAUACUGGAAAGAAUCAAGCUUAUUAUUCUGUUUGCUGGCAUUUAAUUUUUCUGUGCCCAACAGCAUAGGGGCACUGCUUACGUACCAUGUGCCACAUUCCAUAAUAAUCCCUCCUGUAGAUAUGAAAAACUCACUUGAAGAGGGGGAAAAAAACAGGAUUUCCUUGUCUGAUUGAUGACAGUUCCAAGUAGUUAUGUAGCACUGCAUCUGUAAUGUUACCAACUGAGGAAAGAAAAAAAAGACGCCACAAACUAGAAGAAGAUUAUUUUCUUCUAAGAAUCAUAUCUUUGCUUCAGGAACUUCAACAUGGAAUUCAUAGCACCGAUGUGCCUAUAAACAUCUUCCUCAACAACUUCAAGAUUUCCUAUUCAAAUAACCCCCAUCUCUUGUGUUCCCUCCGUUUUUUUUUUAAAUUUCUCAAAUGCAGCAGGAUGCACACACCCAUUAAUGCUGAUUUCAGUUAUUUUCUUAUUGUUAAUGUACUGCAAAAUCCAUAAACUCGAUUAUUUCAAUUAUGAGGUUAAGUGUGUUGCGUGAAUAUAACUACAAACAAGGAAAGCUUCCCACAUAAGUAGUUGGUGCCUUUUUUAAAAAAAUAAAUUAGGUUCUAAAGUUCAUGAUAGCAUAAAAAGGAUUUGGCCUAUGAAAUGGGGCAUAUCAUAUUUGUUUACACAAUGCACUCAGUGGAGGGUUUUUUAUCCAUGUCAAAGCGAUAACAUCAGUUUAUUGGAAUUAAAAGGAACAACAACAACAAAACUGCUGAUAAACUGCUGAACUUCCAAGUUUUUGGAAGAAUGCAUGUUACCCAACUGGGGUAAAAAGAGGAGAGAAAUGUAUGUUGUGCCUUUAAAACAAACUCUUCAGAGUACAUUGUGCAAUUAUCUUGUGUGCUAGCCAACAAAACAGCAAGGAACAUUUUGUGGACAAUCAAAAGGAAAAGGCUGGCAUCUUACAAAUAACACACCCAUGUUUAUGAAGGAUGUAGCAAGGAAACGUGCUACAAAUUUUUGCUAGGUCUGAGGGAAGAUGUUGGCUUAAAUCCCUAAGUUCUUUAAGACCGUUGCCUUGUUUUGUUUACAGAGACAGGCAUAAUUAACUUUUUGCAUUGGAUUUAUGAACUAAGAUUAUAACAGUAGGAGGCUGCUGUUUAGAACAGAAUAUUGGAGGAAUGCAAAAUUCCUUAUUUGAAGGAGAGUCCAGCAAGACCAAGGUCACAGCACCCAACAUUCCUUGGAGUUUUUCCAUUCCAGUGGAAAAUCUUGGCUUUGGCCAUGAUUCUUGCAACUCCCAGAAACCUCCCUCGCAACAGUCACAGUAAUUGAUUUAGUAUUAUUUCCAGGAUUGAAAUAAGCUAUCAACAGUGAAUACUUCUGCCCCAAAGGGCAGCGCUUGUAAUAGCAUUUUGAUCCAAGAUGGUAAAUUUCCCUUCAAUCAUUCUAUGCAAAAAAAUACCACAAAUGUCUUCUUUGUCCAGGUGUGUGUCUAUGUGUUGAUUUUAUUUUUACUGUGCCAUAAUUUUUAAUUAACUCAUUUAAACUGAUGUGUACCUUGCCUGUUUAAAAGAGAAACCCUUUGCUCUGUGCAGAGGGCAGAAGGGAUAGGUUUCACAGUCCUCCUCGCCAGAAAGAAGAAAACCUACUCCAUAAAACCUACCUCCACAGAACUGCAGAGGCUGUGUGGUUUCACAAGCCAGGCCAACCUUGAAAUUGCCUAAGACUUCCGGAAAGCAAUAGCCAUGAAAAGCCAGAAAAGCACUUAAUCCUCCUUAUUUGAAAAAGGUCAUUUUCUCCCAUCUUUCUUGGUUUUCAUAUGUAUGAUGUUUAAUAGAGCCUUAACUAUUUUAUAGGGCAAUAUUGCAACCCACAUGAUAUUGGCAAUGCUGGACUUGUUAUAUAUGCUUGCUAGAAUGAAAUAUUAUUAUUGGGCAAAUCUUUGUAUAAGUACCCUUUCUUUUUGUUGGUUUACAUUUUGUGCAAAUGACAAAUCAAAACCAGAGCUCUUUGAGAGACAGCCGUGCCAAAGAAAGCGUUUAAUACAUUUUUGUUGUGUUUGCAUUUUAUACAAAUGAACUGUUUUUAGCAGAUAUUUCUUGUUUAAUAUAUUAAAAGAACUGCAAUAUCCAAA